GGAGGUGAGGUGUUUGGGGGGCGGGGGCUCUAGUUCAUCUGCCACCUGUGCUUUCGGCGCAGCUGUUUCACGGCGACAGUGACGUCCCAGUCGCGUGUCUGUGCACAUCGCCGUCCUCUGACUUUGGUGCUCCGCUCGAUCGCUCGCCUGGCUCCCAGUUGACAGGCGGCCGGUCCGCUCGCUCCGAGACAUGGGGCGCUACAACGGCAAGACAUGCCGCCUCAUCUUCAUGCUCGUCAUCACGGCGCUCUUCUUCCUCGCCGAGCUGGUGUCCGGCUACCUGGGCAACUCCAUCGCGCUCGUGUCCGACUCGUUCAACAUGCUGUCCGACCUCAUCUCGCUCUGCGUUGGCAUCUCCGCCCUGCGCCUCGCCCGCUUCCAGCGCUCGCCUCGCUUCACGUACGGACUGCCGCGCACCGAGGUGCUGGGCGCCCUGAGCAACGCCGUCUUCCUCACGGCCCUGUGCUUCACGAUCUUCGUGCAGGCGCUCAUGAGGCUGGUAGAGCCGCAGAAGAUCUCGGACCCGGAGCUGGUGCUGAUCGUCGGGGCGCUCGGGCUAGCCAUCAACAUCGUGGGGCUCGUCAUCUUCCAGGACUGCUGCUUCUGCAAGUCGCCGGACGGGGGCACGGAGGAGACCCGGCAGAGCGGUGGGCAGGACGGCGAAGCAGGUGUCGCCGCCAGUGGCAACCAGCCGGACAGCCGGGACAAGAAGAAGGACGACAGCCCCGCUGCUGCCGCCUUGAAUAUCCGAGGUGUCAUGCUUCACGUGCUGGGCGAUGCCCUUGGCUCGGUGGUGGUGGUGGUGGCUGCCACCAUCUUCUAUAUAUGGCCCUUGUCACCUGAGACCCCAUGUAACUGGGAGUGCUACGUAGAUCCCAGCCUCACCAUUAUCAUGGUCGUCAUCAUCAUGUCCACGGCCUUUCCUCUCCUCAAAGAGACGGCUGGCAUUCUGCUGCAGAUGGUACCCGAAGGAGUUGAUGGCAAGAAGAUUGAUGAGGCUCUCCAGCAGGUGCCCGGCGUGCAGGGCGUUCAUGAGCUGCACAUGUGGGAGCUGGCAGCAGGGCGCAAUGUCGCCACAGUCCACGUGAAGAGUGCCACCUUGGCGGCUUUUCAGCACGCUGAGCACCAGAUUCGAGAGAUCUUCCACCAAGAGGGGAUUCACUCCACGACCAUCCAGCUCGAGCUGACCCACCAGGACAAGCCCAACGGGGUCGCCCUUCUCUGCUCGGCUGCCUGCCUGUCCCAGGAGUGCCAGAGCCAGAUGUGCUGCCACACGGCCCCCAGUGCCUUGGGAUGUGACGUCAGGGGCUACGUGGAGAUCGGCAGUGACCCUCCCGAGGACUUCAUGAAUGGGAGUGUGGUGAGCCCACCGGACGAGGUGAACGUGAUGAUCCUGCCAGAGUGCGGCGACCAGGCCCCUGAGAACACAGAUGUCCUGAGGAGUACUCACCUGUAGGGGGUGCUGUGUGGAGAGGACCCAGAGACCCCAGAGAGGCAAAUGAAGGAGAUGACAAGCCACCAGAGCAGGGGUGACGAUAACGGAAUGUUUGAAGUUCAGGAGACCACACCACCAUGAUACCCUUAACAAAGGGGUGAGACCUGAAGCACUCAAGUCAGCCCUCUUGACCCAAUGUGACCCACACUGUCACCAGCUGUGCCAGUAUCCCCCAUGCCACCCUUGGCCUAUCUACCCUAUGUACUGCCCCCUAUGCCCAGUGGCCCACUCUGCUCAUAUGCUGCUGUCUUUUUGAUACCCGGCCCACCCUGGCCCCACUGCCACAUCCUCUACACUGCCACCCUGUCACAGACCCCUGGCCAGGCAGAAAGCACCCAAUGGCCAGCAGCAGAUGAGUGGACCAAA